AUGCAAUCCUCAAAUACCGCUAAUAUUGUCCUCAAUAUUGAUGGUGAUGGCAGUGCUCAAACAAACCCUGAACCCAGACCGGCUUUUAUUUCAGAAAAUAAUAGAACUAAGAGCGCCUCCCCUUCGCUUAUAGAUCAGCUACUAGCGUCUAGUAAACAGAAGAAAAAGAAGAAAAAGGGCCCGCCACCUUUAUAUAGGACUAUCGGAGUGAGAAGCGCUUUCAGCAGUCCUGAUGGCUCAACUUGGAGCAUCGAUCAUAUCAAACAAGCUAGACCUCCAUACCAAUCAAGAGUGUCUUUCGAUACCGUCAAUAUAGAUGUGCUGCCAAGUGAAGGGGUGGAUCCUGAGAUUUAUCCAGAGUACUAUGGUAUCGAUCCUUCGCUACGUCUUCAAGGUACCCGAAGAGUUAGUGAGACUCAUGCAGAAUUGCGCCCAGAAAUUCUUGCCAGUAUGUCUGAUCUGGAUUACAGAAAGUAUCAAAAAAAAAUCAAAAAGGCAAAUGAAGCAAUUCAAGCUAUGCACAAUCAAGUUUGCUGUUAUUCAAAAGAGCAUAAAGAUUUCAAUCAAAUCUACGUCAAUUAUAACAACCGAGACACAAAAGCUUUGAGACCAACUGAUAAGCUUCCGGCGUUUCCCAGAAGAACAAUAUUGGUAUAUAUUUCUGGAAGAAAGCAUACAUGGGUAGCACUCGAUUGGGCAAUUAAGAAAUUGUUGAAGGACGGUGAUCAUUUAGUGGUUGUGGCUUCAAUCUUUCCCGAAUUAAUGGAGAAAUUAGAUAUUUCUUCUAGCGCAAUACAUUCUAGAAGCGUUAGCAGAAGUCCAAAUAGAACAAAUAGAUUUGACACAUCUGGUAAUAUUGGUAUAAGAGGCUCACGAUCGAAUUUGGGUUCGAGAUCAGGGUCAACUAUGGGAUCAAGAUCAGCAUCAACUAUAAGAACUAACCGUUUCAAAAGCCUCAAUAUGGACAGGGCUAGAAUUGAUGGCGAUGAUGAUGAUGAUGAUGAUGAUGGUGAUGAUGAUGAUGAAUUACAUGGUUUCAAAGUAUCUGCAGGCUUCGCUGAUAAAGAUAUACUUGAUAUCAGAAAAAAAGCCAAAUCCAUCAUCCAAUAUAUUAUGACAGUGGCGGAUCCUGACCUUAUCAUUAAAGUUACCAUUGAUUUAAGUGUCGGAUCUACAAAAGACGUGUUGAAAGAUUCUUAUAUUCUUUACACUCCAACUUUGGUUGUGUGCUCUGCUAAACCAAAAGAAGAUUCUGCGCCACUACGGAGCUGGAAAAGCUCUAGACUAUCUGAUAGGGUAGUUAAAAAUUUUACUAUUCCGGUCAUAAUUGUUCCUGCGAUGAAUAUGAAUAAGUUUGUCAGCAAAUUGUUUGAAAGUCUUUCAGAACGAAUUUCCCCUGAAAUUAAAACAGCAUCUUCGACGUCUGUUGUUAGUGCAACCCAAAUUAAAGCUGAACUACCACAGAACAACAGUGCUCCUGCUUCCUUGAAUGAUUUGGUGAAAAAAUCUGAUGAUGACGACGACUACCCAGUUUCUACUAAUGGUAGCAUACGACAAAUCAUGGGUGAUAUCAGCUCUAUUGAAUCUAGACAAUCUGUUGACUCUGACAGUUCAGACAGUGAAAGUGAUGCCGAAUCAAGUGAUGAGGAAGAUACCUCAGACAGUGAAAGCAAGAAUUCCAUCAGUAAUGAUGCAACAUCGUCCAAAGAUGCUAUUGAAAAGCCAAAAAGAACUCCUUCCAAAAAGAACUACAAACCGAGACCAAAAUUAUUGCGGAUUAAAACAUUGAUUUCUGAAAUGAAUUAUGAUGAGGCGCCAGAUUUAUCUACAACACAAAGUAUUGAAGGGUUUGUGAAGACACAAGAGAAGAAAUUGGAUGAGAACUUGAAGUUAAUUCCCAUGAUAUUGGAUGAGAGCACGGAUGAUUUGAAUAUGAUUCCUAAAUUUGAUCCAAAUUACUUUAAGAAUCAACUAGACUUGGUUUCUGGAAGCUCAUUAUAUAUCACUAAGAAACUAAAAAGCAAAGAUUUCACUGAAGAUUCAGAAGUCAGUGAACUUGUGCGGAGAAUCACUGGCGAUGUUUCAUUAUCUCAACCAAAAAAAUUCAAGUCAAUGUUGCUCGAUGUUCCACCUCCUUCCAAACCAAAGGGAAGGGUACCGGCGUCCACUUAUAACGCUCGUUCAAGCGGUGGGCCAAGUACAUUAAAGAAGCCGUCCGCCAUCAAGUUCUCUGAGCCAGCGAAGUACGGUAGCGGAUUGGCCAAAACUACUAGUCGACACACCAUUCACAGCAUGCCUAGUAUUUCAGUAAAAACUUCGAGUGAUAAUGCCAAGAGUUUGGUUCCUACGAAAAGUAACCCUCAGGAUUCUAUUCUUAGACCGUCACACUCGAAGCUGUUUUCUCCAAUUAGUAGCAACGACUCUUUUUCAGGAGAUCCCCUCAGUGCUGGUAGCAGUAGGAGCAGGAGCAGGAGCCUUAAUCCUGAAAAGACUGAAACUUCCAAAGGAAGCAUAUUCAAAUUCGGUAAGAAAAGCAAAUCUAAGUCCAAAUCUGCUUCUUUAGGAGGCCUCGUGGAGCUACACAAUAUGAUUGGUGAUAAAGAAACGCCACAUUCAAAUAAUCUGAAAGAUGCUCAUAAAUCCAGAAAGAGAUCAUUCCUUGGUAAGUGGAAGUAG